ACAACAAAGUGGGUUUAAUUCUGACUCUUCGGAGGGAGGAGAUGCUGAAAUGGUCACGUAAAUCAAUUAUUUAAUGUUGAUUUUUAUAUUAUUCGCAAACGAAAUUUGUAUAUUCUGACAAUCGUAAGGUAGAUAGAUAUAAAAUUAAUAGAACAUGAAUGGGGAACCUUCUGAUGGAGAUUGUUACCCAAAUGUGGAAUCAAAUUUAGAUAUUCCCUUUUCACAUACAUGCAAUGCAUCUCAUUUUACUCAAGAAGAAAAUAAUUCUUUAAAUUACACAGAAUUACAAUCAGCUGUUGAUGAUACUUCUACUGAAUCCAUAGCCCAUAUAUGGCAAAUGAAUUAUCAUGAAUCUGCUAUUUACUUGGAGGAAGGAGAAAACAAUGAUAAAUUUGAUUUCCAUCCACGUAGUAAAAAUGCUUUACCUGCCUAUCUAUUGGUUCACAAUCAUUGGUUUUACAUUCUUGAUCUUUUAGCAGUUAUUGUUUUAUUGGGUUUAGCAAUGUGUGAAAAACCAGCAGUUCCAGGUUUUAAUGUAGGAGAAGGAAUACAUGCAUCUUUAGAGUUGCUUUGUCUUUCCAUAAUGGCUGUUGAAUUAGUAAUGAAAGUUAGAUGGAUGGGUAUCCGUCCGUUUUUUUCUCAUCCUAGAACAGUUAUUAAGUUAGUUGUUGUGAUUACGAUGAUUGUAGAAUCUUUAGUUGUAUUGUUACGACAGACAAGUCAUUUUAGAAUUACAAGAGCACUCAGACCUAUUUUCCUCAUAGAUAAUCAUUAUUGCAAAGGUGUAAGAAGGGUUGUUCGACAAAUUCUUCAAUCACUGCCUCCUAUAUUAGAUAUGCUUUCAUUAUUGUUAUUUUUCAUGCUGAUUUUUUCAAUUUUAGGUUUUUAUUUAUUUUCAUCAGAUCCAGAUAAUCCUCACUUUUCAACUUUGCAAGGAAGUUUUGUAAAUUUGUUUAUUUUAUUGACAACAGCAAAAUAUGUUCUAGAUCUGUUGGGAAUAGAUGUAGAAGUUUAUUAUGCAAGUGAGAUAGAUCAAGAUGCUAUAAAUGUUGCCAUUGUUCAACAUAAAACAAAUAUAUUACAUUUAGGGCCUAUAGAAGAAAUUACUGAUGCAGAAAUGUUAGCUGUUGUAUAUGAGACAUUUACAAGAAUGGAGAAAGAAAAGUUUCGGAAAUUACUUUUACAUCGACGCAAAGCAUGUCAGUUAGCCUUUCAUUUAUUGGUCAGUAAGACUUCACCUGCUUCUGUCUCAUUUCGUCAUUUUGAAGGAUUAAUGAAAUAUUACAAACCUAAAGCCUGUAAAAGAGAUGUUUAUUUAAUGUUUAAAACACUUGACAUAACAAAGACUGGUUUUCUUUCAAUUGAAGAAUUUUAUCAAGUAUAUGAAGUUAGUCCUUUAAAGUGGAAGCCAAAACGACCAGAAGAACCAUGGUUUAGUAAUUUGGGAAAUCCAUGGGAAAUUAUUUUUAGAGCUAUACAUCAGUUGGUAACAUGGAAGUAUACUGAUAUCAUUAUUAAUAUUGUUAUUUUGAUGAAUGGAAUUUGGCAAUUAAUUGAAGCUGCAGAGCUUUCAAGUUAUCAAAAUGGAAAGAUAGAUGAUUUAGUUAUUCAUCAUAUUAGAAUUGGAGAUUCAAUGGCCAGUUGGAUAUCAGUAGGAUUUAUUACUUUUUAUAUUUUUGAAGCCUUGUUAAAGAUGCUUGGUCUUGGAUUGUAUAAUUAUUUUCGUUCUGGAUGGAAUAUAUAUGAUUUCUUUGUAACAAUUGCUGGAUUAGCAGGAUUGAUUGCUGAAGAAUUUGACUGUCCAUUUGUUUUUGUCAUCAUUUUAAGACCGCUUCGUCUGUUACGAUUAUUUAAACUUAAAAGACGUUACCGUGAUGUACUUGGAACACUUUUUAUAAUUUUACCCAGAUUUCUUAGUGUUGCAUUAGUUUUAGUUGUGGUUUAUUAUUUUUUUGCCAUUAUUGGAAUGGAAUUAUUUUCUAAUUACAAUAUGAAAAAUUGUUGCAUAAAUUCAACCGUAGAACAAUUUUAUCAUUAUGAUAAUGACAGUUUAUCUAAUGGAUAUUAUUACCUAAAUAAUUUUAGUAAUUUUGUUGCAAGUGGUGUUGAAUCCCUUCUUCUGGUUGGUUGUGUUGGAANUAUUGGAAUGGAAUUAUUUUCUAAUUACAAUAUGAAAAAUUGUUGCAUAAAUUCAACCGUAGAACAAUUUUAUCAUUAUGAUAAUGACAGUUUAUCUAAUGGAUAUUAUUACCUAAAUAAUUUUAGUAAUUUUGUUGCAAGUGGUGUUACAUUGUUUGAAUUAAUGGUUGUUAACAAUUGGUUUAUAAUCAUGAGUGGAUAUGCUGCUGUUAGUACUGAAUGGAGUCGCAUAUAUUUUAUGAUAUUUUAUAUCAUAACAAUGGUAGUAAUAAAUAUUGUUAUUGCUUUUGUAUUGGAAGCAUUUUUAUUUAGAAUUCAAUAUAAAAGGAUGAUGGGAGAUAUGGAUAAGGAUAGUCUAGUUAAAGUUGAUGUGUCUCUAACUAGAGAUGAAAUAGAUUUUUGUUAUGGAAAACUGAAUCAACCAAUCAGUCAUCUUAUGGCCUAUGCAGAAGAUUUGGCCAGUGGAUCCGUAGUUUAUCGUGGCACAAGAAUGCGUACCAAAUUUUCAUUUAGUUUGAAGAUGUAUGCUGAUGAAGCUAAAACUUGGUUAGAAGCAGCUUCCCAAGAAGAAGAAAAACACAAACAAGAAGUUUUAUCAACUUUUGCCAGCAGACAAGAAAAUCUAGACUCCACACCCGAUUUAUCUAAUCACCAUAGAACAGUCACUAUGUGAACAAUGUGGAUCCAGUUUCAGAAAUAUGAAAUUUGGUU